GCGAAGCAGGAGAGGAGUACAGGGCAUCGUCCGAUCGAGCACUGAGGGAUCUGAAGGAACGAAUUAGGCAAGAAGCACCGCUGAGAUAGGCUGACCAAACAAAUGACAGAGGGCCCGACAUGAGAGGCGAACCAAUUGCGUCAGAGCCGCAGGAGGCUCUAAAGACGGGUACCUCGAGCGGACGGCGCUCCCCCGAGUACGAGCGGAGGGACACCAUAGCGGACAGGUAUAGAGACGACUGGAGAGAGAAUUUGAGGGAUUCCUAUUGGAGGGACAUAGAUAGAGACAGGGCGCCGCCCAGGCGAGUUUUCGACCCCCAGACAGGGGAGUCACAUCCGCUCCCUUACGAGAGCAAGGACCGCUAUAUUAUUACGCACAAGGUCUCAGAGCCUCUUACCUUCAGGGGCUAUGGUAUCACAGAAUAUCUGGAGAAGUGGGAGCUUCACGCCAGCCGGAGUCAGUUGUCGGAGGAAGAGAUUAUAGAGAACUUCCUAUUUAAUGUGGACCCAAGUCUUGGUAGGGAAGUUAAGGAAGCUCGACCGAAGGAUGGGAAAUGGACUACGUACAAGGAGAACCUCGUUGAACUUUACAAAUUGGAGGAUAACAAGUAUUCCGUCAAGGACCUUGAGACAAUGACUCAAGAUGAAGAUGAGAGCAUGCGGGCAUUUCGGAUGCGUUUCCAAAAGAUCUCCGACGUGCUGGUGAAGAAGGGGAAGAUCUCAGAGGUCGAGCGUUGUACUAUCUUCAUCGAACACUUGGACGACAGAUACGAGAGAUCGGACCGAGAUGGAUAUAGGGACGACAAAUACGAGAGGUCGGGUCGAGAUGGCUACAGAGGGAGUAAAUAUGAGAGAGGAGAUCGGGACUGGGAACGACAAGAUGGGUCGCGCGGACGGUUUGAGCGCGGGGGAGAUGCGAGAGAGCAGCGCGACGAGUCGCGGGGAUGGUACAACCGAGGGGACCGACGCGAUGAGACACGAGGACGAUAUGACUCGGGGGACCGCCGGAAUGAUUCGCGAGGGCGGUAUGAGCAAGGAGGGUCUGGAGGAGACCGACGCAACGAUUCGCGCUGUCGGAAUGAGAGAGGGGGAUAUGGCGUCUCAUCAGAACCAUAUCCCAAGUCGCCUGACCCCAAGGCGGCCAGGAAUUCGAUCUCUAGAGGCGCAGACGACAGGGCAUCUACUCCUAGGAACUCAUGCGUUUGUUGUAGAGGAGAAGAUCAUAUCAAGAGGGAUUGCCCGGACCUCAAACGGGCAAUAGAUGAGGGACUUGUCGUGCUUGACGACCGCAAGUACGUCAAGUGGGCAGAUGAUCUGGGAGAUGUAUCGAUGUUCCCUUCGAUGAAGGAGAAUGUCGAAGCAAGGAGAAUAAAGACGAGUAAAGGAAUGAAGCCGGUCAGGAGCCAGUGCAUCAAGAUAAUCUUUGAGGGGGAUAUCGCGACCACACCCAUAAGGGUGGCGGCCACCAAGUCGGCAAGAGGGUCUCCAUCGAAGAAGACUGACAUGGAUUACGUGAUGACAGAGAAGGAUGGGCAGCGGGUGGAUAGAGAGGAGGUUAUCCUUUCGCCGCGAAAGAGGGGAGUGAAGAAGUUCUUAAUGAAGAGUUCGUUGGACGAGAUUGACACGGUUGAGCCACUGAGGCGGGCCCWUCGGCAACCAAUGCAGUGCUCUAUUCUGGAGUACCUGGCGGCAUCGAAGCCGGCUCGUGAUGAAUUACAGAUGAUCAUGCGGAAGACUCGCAUACCUCUAUCAGAGGAGGGUCAGGGGGCCCCUAAAGCGGAAGCUUCUACAGUAGCGGUAACGGGGGUGACUGCCAGAGCGUAUCGCAUGGCGACAGUCUUUCUCGAUGGGAUAGAAGGUGUGCCUCCAGACAAGUUUUAUAUACUUGGUAGCGGGGCCGUAGAGACGAUUAUAAACGAUGGAGCGAUACUCGAUGCUGUGAUUGAUAACGGCAGUGAGGCUGUCAUCAUAGACGAGGACCUGGCAGUACAAGUUGGACUGGGCCUCGAUAGGUCAUACCUAUUUGAGAUAGAGACGGCUGAUGGGAGAAAGCAACAUAUCACUGGGAUUUGUCACAAGGCAACCAUAGAGGUCCAAGGGGUAACAGUGACCCUGCCUGUCUUUGCAGUCAAGAACUGUACCUCCGACCUGCUCUUGGGUCGAACGUGGCUGAGCCACGUGCAUGCGGUGACAAUAGAGCGACAUGAUGGGAGCCAAACAUUGUCCAUUAGGAAGCCAGACGGGACACAGGUGAUGAUUGAGACAGUGCAAUCUCGGGACCCGAGGAACAGAGCAGCUCUCGCUGUGGGUGCAAGACCCAGUGAUCAGAUUAAGUCGUUACCCAUCUCCGGCCUCGCGGUGCGAUUUCGCGAGAAGAGAUAUGGACCACUGCUCACAGAGGAAGAAGGUCGGAUCGUGGAGGUGGAAGAUUUAGGAAGCCGGCUAAUAGUGGACGGCAACUCGUACCCGAAGAAAAAAGAUGAGGAAUUUGGCGGUGUGGUAUCCGUGUCUUUGUUAAGGGCACGGCUCCCUAUGGGGGGCUACCCAAGCGACACAAGCGAGUAGCUCAAAAAGUUAAGCCAGCGGCGGUGGGCCACGAGCGAUCGACACUGGAAGGGGUAUCAGAAGAAGAGAUCACGAAAGAAAUCAAAAAAAGAAAAAAAAAGGAGCCACAACGCCUAACGGAAGAGAGAAUAGCAGGGAUGGACAUCGAAGAUGGAAAUCUGACCCCACAGGAGCGAGGACGUGUGAUAGAAAUUCUGAAGACAUGUGAUAAGGCAAUAGCUUUCAGCGACGCGGAGCGCGGUAGGAUUGACCCUCGAUACGCUAAGCCAGCAAGGAUUUACACGAUACCACAUGUUCCUUGGAACGACGCGGGAUGAAAAUACGCCAGAAGGAGAAGGAAGAAGUUAUCGCUUUCCUUAAAGAGAAGAUAGUUUCCCACGUUGCGGAGCCGUCUGAUAGCGCUUAUGCAAAUC